UAUACCAGCAGUAACUGGCAAGACAGUCAGUCACCUAUCAGACACUUUUAAAUGUAACAGGAACAGAAAAUGCUGAUAAACAUCGGGUAGAUAACAGGAAUGAACCAACAUAAGCAUUUUGUAGUGUUGGUGACAUGUAUUGGAAAGGUAGAAUAUGGUUGCUGAACAGAGGGAAACAAGAGGCAUACAGAAUCAGGGCUUGAUAUCCAAAGAAAGAAAGAAAGAAAGAAAGAAAGAAAGAAAGAAAGAAAGAAAGAGAUUCGCAUUGUUUUACCGGAUCUUUGAUACGCCUCAUGCAUAAAUAAAAGAAUGGGAGCAAUAUAAGGUAGCCCGCACAUACCCUUCCAAAAACACCCACCCUCCUCCCACCUCUUUCAACUCCUCCUCACAAAAGACAAUAAAGGUGUGACUGAAGCUUGACUGGGCGUGUGUCAAAACUGCAAGGUGUGGCUUGUUUGGACUGCCAAGGGGGGAUUCUUGUCUGACGACGAUUGACACCAGUCAGCGCGUGCAGAACGACCGAGAAAGGUGCAUCUGCCCCCUGACGUUUCGUUUGUGUGUGCUGGUGUUUUUAGUUUGUUUUCCGAGAGAUUUUUAUAGCCGGAUUUUUCAUUCUGAGAGUUUCUUGCAUGGGGAGAUCAAUAUGAGUGGAAUGGGCUCAAUGAACAGGAUCAAUACUAUUGGAGAAAGGUCUAACUCCAGGCAGGACCUUACCUCUUACAGCUAUACCCAGAGGAGUGAAGGCUAUGGCGGCGGCGCUGGCAAUGGAUACAACACCGAGAUGCUGAAGUACAGUCGCAGUAUGAGCGGAGGAGGUGGCGGUGGCGGUGCCAACUAUACGACGUAUAUGACAAGCCAAGGUGAUACCAUGCAAAUGCUUCACAGCCGAAUAUCGGAAUUAAUGAGGACAUGUGAAGAAACCUUGAGAAAAGCAGAGGCCAGUCUUCAAAAUGACAUGAGGUAUGCUGAAACUGGGCAGAGUUUAAGGCGAAGGUACGAUACGGACUCGUUACUGGCCAUGGCAAAUGAGCAGUUAAUGGAAAUUGACCAGUGUAUCAGAGAUAUGAAACAAUCGGGUCAACCUGUUGAUCAUCUGCAGAGAAGGAACAGCCAGUACAAAGAGCAACUGCGAGCCCUGUACUCUUCCAUUGGUGCUCAGAAAUACAGGAAAAGCAGCAGUGGGAAUAUGAAUAAAGGAAUGGAUGAAAUGUACCAAAGCUAUGAGGAUGCAAUCAACUGGAUACAAAAACAAAAGCAUGCGAUAGAUAACUUACCAUGGGGUGAAGACAGAACAACCAUUGAAGAGCAAAUUUUCCGACAAAAGAAUUUUACCAGGGACCUGGAGAAAGCACCAACAAUACUAAAGGCCAAAGCAGAUAUGGAAGGUAAUAGGCCUAUGAUUGCAAGGCUUGAGGAAGAACACAGAACUUUGAUGAAAAUGUCCAAUGAAAGAUUGGAUCAACUAAGGCAGUUGUCAGAGGUAAUAGAUGAAAUUUCCAGGGAAAUCAUGUGGGUAAAUGAACGUGAAGAAGAAGAGUUGGUAUAUGAUUGGAGUGAUAAGAACAAAAACAUUGCCCAAAAGCAGGAAUUAUACUCGAAGCUAAUGAGCCAAUUAGAAGAUAAAGAGAAACAACUAAAUAAACUUAAGCAAAAAGUGGACAAUCUGCUAAUGAACGGCCACCCUGCAAAAGAUAAGAUUGAGGCAUACAUGGAAACUUUGCAGACUCAAUGGAGCUGGAUUCUUCAGAUAAUAAAAUGCAUUGACGUGCACUUGAAGGAAAAUGCAGCUUAUUUCCAGUUUUUCAGUGAUGCGCAAACAACAGAAAACAGCCUUAAGAAACAACAAGAACUGCUAAGAAGUAAAUUUGUGUGUGAUAAGAACACACAACUGCCUCGGAUUCAAGACUUAAUAAGAGACCUGGAGAAAGAAAAGGAAAGGACUUCAGAAUUUAAAAGACAUGUGCAACAUCUAAUAAAUAGAUCAAAGACGAUCGUACAGCUGAAACCUCGUAGCCCAGAAUAUAAAAUCACCAGUCCUGUCAUCCUUAAGGCUCUAUGUGACUUCAAACUGGAGCAGAAAACAAUCAACAAAGACAAUGAUUCUAUUCUACAAGAUAACUCUCAACGCAGCAAGUGGAAAGUAACAGGCCCAGGUGGACUGGAAAUGGAAGUUCCUUCUGUUUGCCUUAUUAUUCCUCCUCCCAAUCCUCUGAGUAUUAACAUAGCUUCCAAAAUUGAGCAAUACUACGAAGCAAUUUUGACCAUCUGGAAUCAGCUGUUUAUCAACCUCAAGAGUAUAGAGUCUUGGCACUACUUGAUGGCGGAUAUUACAACCAUCAAUUCCCUAACAAUCAACACGCUGAAGACAAUGCGACCUGAAGAUUAUAGAAGGAUUAUCAAGAACUUAGAGAUACACUAUCAAGAAUUCUUGAAGAACAGUAAAGGGUCAGAAAUAAUUGGAGAAGAGGAUAAAAAGAAAAUUCAAGCAGAAUACAAUGUUGUUCGUGAACACUAUGAUGAAUUGAUAGUAAAUUUACCACAAGAAAGAAAAGAGGAAAAUAUAGUGGUUUCAAACAAUGCUAAUGAUAUUUAUGGCAAUGGAAUUCUGAUCUCAUCAACAACAGCUCAACCACAAGCAAAAGUACCAGUUUUUACUUCUGUACCAUCAUUAGGAUCAACACCAGGAUCAGCAUCAUCCAUCCCUUCAUUUUCCAACCCGCUGAAUCUGAACACAGGGUCACGGGGAAAAUCAGCAUCAAUAACAAGAAAAUCUGAUUAUAUUGGUGCAGUAGGCUCAGUAGAUGUGAGGUACAGUACUGAUGUAACUGAUUCCUCAAGUGGCCGAUCCAGCAUCUCUAGCCAGCGCUUGCUGGAUUUGCAGCAGUAUCGACAGCGACUGGAAGUGUAUGAGCUUGAUAUGACCAGGCAUAUCCACAUUCCAAUAGGUGGUGAUAUGGUGAAAGAGUGCAAUCAGAGAAUAACGAUGAUGGAGGGUAUCUAUGGUGAUUUAAGAGCUAUGCAAGAUGACUUUUCAAAACUAAAGGAGCAGAUUUCAAGACAGCUUUCUGAAAUUAAAGAUCAAGAUCAAAGAAGUUUUCUGGAAUCAGAGCUGAAAAUCAUAUCUAAAAGACUGGAUUGCCUGAACGGCUUUACAAAUUUAUAUGUAGAAAGGCUGAAGGCCCUUAGAAGUUUGCUUCAGCACAUUGCUAUGGCAGAAGAUACAAUCAAAUUAUAUGAAGCCAGGCUUACUGAAGAGGAGACCAUUUCACUUGAUCCUGAGAAAGUAGAAGUCUACAGGAGUGCAUUAAAGCAAAUGAAAGCAGAAGUAGAUCAAAAUAAAAACAUUUUUGCAUCAUUAUAUGAUGAUCUCCAGAAGGCUACCUUCUACAAUAACCAGAUUGAUCAGUCUCUUCAUAAGUGUGAUGUGGACAUUUCUAAUUACACUGAGAAGGUGGGCCAAAUGUCUGACCGCUGGCAAAGAAUUCAAACCCAGAUUGACAGCAGGCUUUGGGACUUAGAGAAGCAGUUGAAGCAGCUGAAAUACUACCGUGACAACAAAGAUACGGUUAACAAUUGGAUAAAUGUUACAAAGCAGCGUCAAGAUUCCCUAAUGUCAGCUUCAUUUGGCGACUCAAAAGCUCUUAUUGAAAAUCUCAACGAUCAGAAGAGUCUGCAUACUGAGAUUAUAGGAAGAAGAGACAAAGUAGAUGAAGUCCAGAGGAGUGCUGAGUUAGGUUCCAGCGCCAUCAAGGAUUAUGAACUCCAGUUAGCUUCAUACAGUGCAGGUCUGGAAACUUUGCUAAACAUCCCAAUUAAAAAGACCAUGGUUCAGUCCCCAUCAACAGUGAUAUUACAAGAGUCUGCAGAUAUUAACACACGCUAUAUUGAGCUUCUAACAAGAUCUGGUGACUAUUACAAGUUCCUGAGUGAAAUGCUUAAAAACAUGGAAGAGCUAAAGAUAAGAAACACCAAAAUUGACCUUUUGGAAGAGGAACUGAGACUUGCCAAAGAUGAAAACCUUGACAAUUCACAUAAGAAUAAAUUUUUCAAUGAAAACCUGGCUAAGUUGCAGGCUGAGUGUUCAGAGUACAAGUCCAAAAUUCUUGCUCUGGAAGAAUACAAACUGAAGUAUGAAUUGGAGUGUAAUUCUGCAAAGCAAAAUCUGGGCAGUAGUUUCAAUCAAGUGAAAGAUUUAAAUGAUCAAGUAAUAAAACUCACAUUUGAAAUUGAGGAGGAACGUAGGAAAAGAAAACUAGUUGAAGACCGGUAUUCUAAUCAGAAGGAAGAAUAUGAUCUCUUUAUAAAGAAGAGGCAAAAGGAGCUAGAUGAGUUAAGCUGGCAAAAGUUGGACUCUGAGAAGAUCAUCAAGGAUAAAGAGAGAGAUAUUGAAAGGCUGAAAUCUCAACUGCGAGAUGAAGAAGAACGAAGAAAGGACUAUGAAUCACAGCUUGCAAAGGUAAGAAGCCAACAUAAUCAGGAAUUGCUUAAUCUUAAGACUACAUAUGAGUCAGAGAUCAAUGUCACAAAGACAACCAUUCAGCAAAUAUCUAAGCAAAAGCAUGAGAGCACAGAAGAUUUAAAAUUACAGCUUGAACGGGCUUUAGCAGAAAACAGAGGACUAAAGGAGGAAGUGGAAAGAGUAAAGGCGUCAAUAUUAGAUACAGAGCAUCUGUGGAAGAAAGCUGAAGAAAAUGCUCAUCAGCAAAAGGCCAGUAGUUCAGAAGAAGUUAGAAAGAGAAGAGAACUGGAGAUUCAGUUAGAAACGUUCAACAAACAGAUUUCCGAGCAAACACUGAAGCACAAGCAAGCACAGGAAGAUACCUCAAAAGCCAUUGCUGAUAAAAACAGAGAGCUGGAGAAAUUCAGACAGUUAUACGAGGAGGCAAAACUAAAGAUGAAAGCCAUGGAAGUGGAGAAUGAAGAAGUUAAACGAAACCAGGUUGACCUAGAGAAAAAGAUACAUUCCCACACUGAAAUGAUUAGUAAUCUAAAGGUAACAUCUCAGGAGGCCAACGUUGUCAAAGCAGAUCUAGACAGGGCAUCAAGAGAAAAAAGUAACUUAGAACAAGAAACAAUUCAGCUUAGAAGUUCCAUUACAGAAAUAAAGGCUAUAAAAAGCCAACUUGAAUCAGAUCUUGCCUUACAUAAACAGGCAGCUUUGGAUGAAUCCACCAAAAGGAAAAAGUUAGAAGAAGAAUUAGAACACCUCACUCGUUCAUCUAAAGAGCAGACUAACACAAUUAAUCACCUCAGACUGCAAAUUGAAGAUAUUUCGAUUAUCAAAGAAAAAACUGAGCAUGGCUUGAAGCUUCAGCAGGAUUCUCUGGACAAAAGUAUAAAGGAAAGACAAAAAACUGUUGAAGAGCUUAAUCAAAUGACCAUUGAGCUACGAGCCAUGCAGCAGAAACUUCUAGUAGAACAUGAAAGUGUUAAAGAAGCAAAUUCGAGAAAUGAACAGUUAUACAAAACAAUUGAAGAAAAGAGCAAACUUUUGAAUGAAGCCAGAUCUGAAAUAGACAGGCUUCAAUCCCUUACACAAAACCUCACUAAGGAGCGCUUAAAGUUGGAAGAAGAAAUUCGAAGUCUCAGGCAAGAACUGGAUGACAUCAGAAAGAAUAAAGAGAAUGUGGAUAGCGAUAGGAUGGCCAUGGUUACAGAGCUUCAGUUGCAGCUUCAAGCAAGCAGUAAAAGAAUACUUGAGCAUCAGGGUCUUAUUAAAGAAUUGUCGAAUGAAAGGGAAAAAUUGAAACUGGAAAUUGACAAAUUCCAAAAACAAACUUUGGAGGUAAACAACAUGGCCCAGGAAUCUCAGUCAAACUACAAUGAACUUUUGCAAGAGAAAGAAAGUCUUUUGCUAAAGUUAAAAAUGAUGGAGCAAGACAAGGCCAGACUACAAAGAUAUGAAGAUGACCUGAGUCGAGUGAAAGCAUCAUUAGAAUCUGAAUUGCGUUUGAAGCAGAGAUUUCAGGAUGAAAAUCAGCAAAUCCGUACUGAGUUAAGCACAUUAAAAAUUCAGUGUGAGAAGAAAGAGGAAGCUGCUAGGAAAUACAAUAUUGAGAAAGAUAAGUAUGAGAGAGAGAAAAUUUCAAUGUCAAGUGAAAUUGAAAGGCUUCUAGGUGAACUCAAAAUGAUUGAGGAAAAAUACAGGCGUAGACUUGCAGAAGCAGAGAAGGAAAAAGACCAAUGGGAAAAGCUUCAUGCAAAAAUGCAAAUAGAAGUCCAAAGUCUUAACCAGCGACCUGCUUUUUCUAAUAUUUAUACACAAACAGAUGAAAAUGUUGUUACUGUAGAUUCCUCUAAGUUAGUAUUCGAUGGUCUCCGCAAAAAAGUUACUGCUAAACAAUUGUAUGACUGUAAACUUAUUGAUAAAAUUACUUUGAAUCAAAUGCUAAAAGGACAGACGACGACAGACAUUGUGGCAAAUGACAUUCAGCCUAAUCUGAAAGGUACAGGUGUGAUUGCAGGCAUAUUUGUUACACCCAAAGAAAAACUAACACUCUCUGAGGCCAAAAACAAAAAACAUAUUGAGCGAGAGCCUGCACUCAUGCUUCUGGAAGCUCAAGCAGCCACAGGAUAUAUAAUUGACCCAAAACAAAAUGAGAAGUUAACUGUUAAUGAAGCAUGUGAACGAGGCCUGAUAGACUCAGAAGAUAAGGAGAGACUUCUCACAGCUGAAGCAGCCGCUACUGGCUUUAUGGAUCCUUACACUGGUAAAUUGAUUUCUGCAGGCCAAGCAGUCAAAAAAGAUAUGAUUGACAGAAAAUCAGCAGCUCGCUACCUAGAGGCCCAGCUUGCUGCAGGAGGAAUUGUAGACCCUGUUAACAGCGUGUUUGUACCAGGAAAUGUUGCGCUUGAACGUGGUCUUGUUGAUGAUGAUCUUUAUAGAGCACUGAAUGAUCCCAUAGAUGAACCCAAAAAUUUCCUUGACCCAGUUUCUAAGAAAAAUGUCAGUUAUCAGCAGUUAAAACAAAGGUGCAAAACAGAACCACAUUCUGGUUUGCUCAUGCUCCCGGCACCUAAGAAGAGCUUAUCGAUUGCAGGGCUGAGAAAGCCAGUUUCUAUGGAUGAACUGGUUAAAUCUGAAAUCAUAGAAGCAUCAAAAGUUUCAGAACUUAGUGCUGAACAGGUAGAGGCGAUAGCUAAACCAUACUUGCAAGGCUCAAGCUGCAUUGCAGGCAUUUAUGAUGAAGUAAAGGAAAGAACAUAUGGCAUAUAUGAAGCAAUGAAAGAAGGCCUUCUUAGACCAGGUACAACUCUUGAACUUUUAGAAGCUCAGGCGGCAACUGGCUUUAUGGUAGACCCUGUGAAUAAUCUAUGGUUGACAGUAGAGGAGGCACAUAACAGAGGAUUAAUUGGUAAUGAAUUCAAAGCUAAACUCCUUGCUGCUGAAAGAGCUGUGACUGGAUAUACUGAUCCUUUAACUGGGAAUACCAUUUCUUUGUUUCAAGCAAUGCAACAAGGGCUCAUAGAAAAAGGUCAUGGUAUACGUCUUUUAGAAGCUCAAAUUGCAACAGGGGGAAUCAUUGAUCCUGUUGCCAGCCAUCGCUUGAAAGUAGAAAUUGCAUACAAACGUGGAUACUUUGAUAAAGAAAUGAAUGAAAUACUGUCUGACCCAGGCGAUGACACAAAAGGAUUCUUUGAUCCAAACACAGAGGAGAACUUGACAUACUUACAGCUAAAGGAAAGAUGCAUCACAGACAAGAAAACGGGGCUCUGUUUACUUCCCCUGAAAGAUAAGAAGAAACAACAGAAGACAACCCAGAAGAACACACUGAGGAAACGCAGGGUUGUUAUUGUAGAUCCUGAUACACAAAAGGAGAUGACUGUUCGGGAGGCAUAUCACAAAGAUCUGAUUGAUUAUGAAACCUUCUUGGAGCUCUCUGAGCAAGAAUGUGAAUGGGAAGAAAUUACAGUUACAUCUUCCGAUGGUAAAACCAGAGUAGUCCUUGUUGAUCGCAAGACAGGUCGCCAAUAUGAUAUUCAGGACUUACUAGAUAAAGGUUUCAUUGACCAGAGUGCUUUUGAGAAGUACCGCACUGGAACUAUGACUCUGACUCAAUUUGCAGACAUGAUUAGCAAUAAAACAAAUGGCGAAACAUCAGUGAGUACUUUUAGUGUUGAAUCUACAAGCCGUAAAGUCACUUCGGCAGUUAGUACAUUCGGUGUUGAGUCUACAGGCCAUAAAAUAACCUCUUCAUCACCAUCAUCGCCAUCACCAAUGACAUCAAGUACAUCACAAAAACAUUUCUCAAGUUAUUCCAUUUCCCUUGGCAAUUUCUCAGAGCAGGCAGAACAGUCCAGCCCCAUUGCAGCUAUAUUUGAUACAGAAACACUUGAAAAAGUAACUAUUUCUGAAGGUAUUCGAAGGUCGAUUGUUGAUCUUAUCACUGGACAACGUAUUUUGGAAGCUCAGGCCUGUACUGGAGGGAUUAUUAAUCCAGCAGAUGGGCAGAAAUUUUCUGUGGAAGAAGCAGUGAAGCAGGGUCUAAUAGAAGAAGAUAUGGUGCCAAGGCUAAAGCAAGCCUACAAAGCAUACACUGGGUUUGAAGAUAUGAAAACUAAGAGAAAAUUGUCAGUAGCAGAAGCAAUAAAAGAGAAAUGGCUCCCUUAUGAAGCUGCUCAACGAUUCAUGGAAUACCAGUACCUAACUGGAGGUCUUAUUGAACCUGGAGUUCCUGGUAGGAGAACUAUGGAGGAAGCUAUAAGAAAAGGCAUGCUGGAUGGAAGAGCAGCACAGAAGCUUCAAGACACAAGCAGCUACGGAAAGCAUCUGACAUGUCCAAAAACCAAACUGAAGAUUUCCUAUAAAGAAGCACUUGAUAACUCAAUGGUGGAAGAAAAAACAGGAUUAAGGAUGCUACAAGCAGCUUCUAUGUCAUCUAAAGGUAUUAGCAGUCCCUAUAAUGUUUCUUCUGCCCCUGGCUCCCGCUCUGGUUCUCGCGCUGGUUCAAGAAGUGGGUCUAGGCGUGGAAGUAUUGAUAAUGGUUUAUCAUCAAGUUUUAGCUUCUCUUUGUCAACUACUACAACAAGCACUUCUAAUUAUUAACACAGUUUCUUUCAGCUCUAUUAGUACUUAAGCAUGAAAACGGAUAUAAAAAAUUUGCAGCUAAAGUGGACUUGGUUGGGUGUCUUUGGGGUAUACAUACAUCUCUUGAUUUAAUCAUACUAGUAAUAAUCAUAUUUUAAUAAUUUCAAGAUACAGGCCUAGCAAGAUUUAAAAAUGUAAUAUUUUCCAACAGAGUUUAACAUUGAUGUUAAAGUUUUUUGUAAUAUCUGCUUUGAAAUAAAAAUUUUAGAAAAUUAA